AUGGCGCCAGGUGUUUCGGAUGGAGGUCCCGGCAGCUCGGCAUCAUGGGAAAAGCGGUUUGAGGAUAGGGAGGGGAGCGAGAGAAACUUCAAAGGCAUGUGUAAACAAAUAGACCACUUUCCAGAGGAGACGGACUACGAGGCGGAUCCUUCUGAGUACUUCUUACUCGCAUUCAUUGCCGACCGGAGCGAAGACCUGGAGCUGGACCAGAGGAUGCUGCGUUUCCACGGCAACUGCCAGGGCUGUGUUUCCGUGGCGACCAGCGCGGCGGCGGCGGCAUCAGCGGCGGUGUAG